GCCCACAUUUCCGACAUGUCCAACAACCCUCUGGUUCUGAUAUCAGAACGCGUUCAUUCAUUUGCAGCAUCUCCAAGGCUUGGAACCCGGAAGCAAUUGCGGCUCUUAGGUGACGAUACAUUAGACGACAAGAGUGAGCCAAUGAUCUAUCUAUACAUCAUUGGAGUGGACAUGGCCCAGCCUCGUGUGUUCUGCUUGGUCCUCCUCACCGCGGCUCUCGGGGCCCAGGCUCUGACUCCAUCCCAUCACCUCUCCCUGUCAGACGUGGAGAGACUUAAAGGCCUCCUGAGCCAACCCUUCACAGACCUGGCAUCAGCAUACUACUCCAUCGUUGGUUUGAGCAAGCUUGGAGCCUCAGUUGCUGAUGAAAAUGAUUCUUGUCAGUUUCUGAAGGCCCAAUUGGACCCCAUGAGUGUCGACUCCCUCUUCUUCGCUGCUGAGGCCAGUCAGGCCAUCGCAGACUGUGAGAUGCCAGUAUCCAACGAGACCCGUGACAUCCUUCUGGCAGCAGUCAGCGAGGACUCUACAGUAACACAGAUCUUCAGAGCUGUCAGCGCCCUCAGUUCCCUGGGGCUUCCUCUGGCUUCACAGGAAGUCGUCGCUGCCCUCGUCGCCCGUAUUGCCAAGGAGGACAACGUCUUGGCGAUCACUACUGCACUCCAGACUGCCACCCGUCUCUCCCAGCAGGCUGAGCUUGGAGGAAUCCUGGAGGAGAUUGAGGAUCUGGCAGCACGAUUGGAUGACUUGGGUGGAGUGUACCUCCAGUUUGAGGAGGGACUUGAGGCGACCGCCCUCUUUGUGACAGCAGCCUACACACUGUCAGACCAUGCGGACACGGAGCCUCCUCUGAAAGAGGACCAGGUGAUCCAGCUGGUGAACUCUGUGUUCAGUAAGAAGUCCUGGGAUUCCCGGUCUGAGGCGUUCAGUGUAGCCUGUGCUGCUGCAGCUCUCUCCAGCAACCGCUUCCACGUGCCAGUCAUCGUCAGUACCCAGGGGCCUGCAACAGUCUCCCACAGCCAGCCAAUCCUGCAUCUUGUGGUGACAGACAUCCUGUCCAAUCCUCUUGCCUCAGCCAAUCUGCUGGUGGAAUCUGCACAAGCUGUUGCCUCUAAGAGUGUUGUACUCAGCCAGGCACCUUUCUCCCUCAGAGAUGGCAUUUUUGAACUUAACUUUAUGGCUAGCCAGCCAGCCAGUGGAUAUUACCAGUUUACUGUGGCUGUCACCGGGGACAGCCGAUUGGUUGCCAAUCAGGUUGAGCUGAAAGUAAAGGUGUCCACUGAGGUAGCCGUCACUAAUAUGGACCUGUCUGUAGUGGAUAAGGACCAGAGCAUCGGCACCAAAACAUCCAGGGUGGACUAUCCCUUCAAGGCCAAGGGCUCCUUUACUGCAGACAGCCAUCAGAACUUUGCCAUGAAUUUCCAGUUAGUGGAUGCCAACACUGGAGUAGAGCUCACUCCCCACCAGACCUUUGUGAGGUUUCACAAUCAGAAAACUGGCCAGGAGGUUGUGUUUGUUGCUGAGCCGGACAGUAAGAACCUUUAUAAGUUUGAGCUGGACACCGCAGAGAGGAAGUCUGAGUUUGACUCCAUGUCUGGGACCUAUGUCCUCCACCUCAUCGUGGGAGAUGCCACCUUGGAGAACCCCAUUCUGUGGAACGUGGCUGAUGUUGUCCUGAAGUUCCUUGAUGAGGAGGCCCCAGCAGCCAUCCAGUCCAAGACCCUUUACAUGCCCAAACCAGAUAUUCAGCACUUGUUCCGGGAGCCUGAGAAGAAGCCACCCACGGUGGUGUCUAACACCUUCACAGCCCUCGUCCUCUCUCCGUUCCUCCUGCUCCUUAUUCUGUGGUUCAAACUCGGGGCCAACAUCUCAAACUUCAGCCUCUCCCCCAGCUCUGUGCUCUUCCAUGUGGGCCACGCAUGCAUGCUGGGUCUGAUGUACGUCUACUGGACUCACCUCAACAUGUUCCAGACCCUCAAGUACCUGGCUAUCAUUGGCAGUCUUACCUUCCUGGCUGGAAACCGCAUGUUGGCCCAGAAAGCAGUGAAGAGACUUGCAAGUAAAUGACAAGAUUGAAGAAGAUUUAAAGAUGCUUAGUUUUUGGUUUUCAAGGAUUUGUUUGACACCGUCAACCAUCAGACUGUCAGAGGUUAUACCAUGAAUCCAAUGGACAAUUUGAAAUGCAGUUUCACUUUUCUUUUUCAACUUGAAAAUAAUAAAUGUUAUAAUCCAAGGUGUUGGUAGAGGGUCCGGACAGACUCUGACACAAUACUCUUACUGAGGACUGGAAAGAACCAUCCUUGCACUUCAUUUUUCUGUAACUUUGUUUGCCCUUUUUUCAUAUUUUUAUUUUUUUCACAACUGGCUUGGUUGGACAUCAUUUAUGGUGUCAAAAUGUAAUUGAGAUGGAUAUUUUUUUCCCACGUUCUCUGUGCCCAUCUUACUAUGGCUAUGUAUCAAAAGGUGCAUCAAGAAGUAAGCCAUAGAUUUAGAGAUUUAGAUUAGAAGUCCUUUUGAUGAAGUUUAUUGAUGGUGGCUUCACUGACAUGUUCAUCAUGAGUCUGUAAUGUAUGCUUGUCUUCUCAAGGAAUUACAUGUGGAGGGUGUGAGCUAUUUUCCCCUUACAAUAAAGACCUAACCCCCUCUAGAACAACAUUUUGAUGGGCAAUUCAAUAAAAUCACAUGUUUUUGUAAUGAAAUAAAGAAAGAAAUGGG